AUGCCCAUCCUGUCGUACCUGCGUUCCCGCAUCCGCAAGAAGGCGAGCGGCAAGCUCCCGGCCCAGCGGGACUCCGCGGAGGAGCUCCACGAGGCCGCGCAAGACCCCACCACCGCGAACGAGGAGGACGUCGAUGUGCACCGACACUGCCCCGACCAGACCGGGGCGUGCGACGCCACGGACGCGAACGACUCGCCCGCGACGUGCAUGCGCGAGCCCUCUCGCCUGGCUGGCACCGCGGUGUACUCGCAGGCGCACAUAACGAGCGACGCGGACAAGGGCGACGCGGCGGUGCGCGACCUGCAUGAACGGAACAGCUCGUCGCGGCGGUUCCAGCCGAGCGUGGACUUGCAGCCCGCGCCGGACGUCCCGACGGGGAAGCUGAUUCGCAACAAGGCGGAGCACAGUGGGCGGCGGGUGCGGUCGUCGCUCAUCAGCUGGUGGCUGGUGGGCAAGGCGUGCCCGGUGGACCUGGUGCGCGCGGACUGGUCGGUGCACCAGUUCACGCCCGUGAAGAAGAUCGGGAAGGGGUCGAAGUCGCGCGUGUGGCACGCGGUGGAGAAGUCGCUGGGGCGGACGGUGGUGCUCAAGGUGUACGACCUGCGGCAGAUGCACGCGACGGAGGUGGAGCAGCUGGAGCGGGAGGCGGAGAUCCACGCGCAGCUGUCGCACCCGAACGUGCUGCAGCUGUGGGCGGCGUUCCAGGACCAGGUGGCGUGCUACUUUCUGCUGGAGAGCGCCGACCAGGACCUGUACCACAUGUACCCGCGGAUCUCGCAGACGGACGAGCGGGUGAUGGUGCAGAACGUGAUCUUCCCGACGGUGGACGCGCUGGCGUACUGCCACAGCAAGGGCGUGCUGCACCGGGACAUCAAGCCGGAGAACCUGAUCUUUGGCAAGGACGGGCGGAUCCGGCUGGCGGACUUCGGCUUCGCGAUCGACGUGCACGAGCGGCGGCCGGUGACGCGGCUGGGGACGCUGGAGUUUAUGGCGCCCGAGGUCAUCGCGUGCGGGCGGCGGCCGGACGGCACGGUGGCGCACCGCGACAAGCGCACGCCGUACGGCGCGCCGGCGGACGUGUGGUCGGUCGGCGUGAUCGCGUACGAGCUCUUCGCGCGCCGCACGCCCUUCGUGCGCUCCACGAAGGACGAGACCUCCAAGUGCGUCGAGCGGGGGGAGUUCCGCAUGCCCCACUGGGCGUCGUCGCAGGCCCAGGACUUCAUGCGCCGCUGCCUGACGCUCGACGUGACGCAGCGCGCGUCGAUGGAGGAGCUCUCCACGCACCCGUGGGUCGCGCAGUACGUCUCGUUCGACCCCGCCACGCACGCGGGGCGCUACCUGGGCGACGCCCACCUCCCCGACCUGGUCGAGUCGACGCGGCUGACUGCCGCCAACUGCGUGGCGGAGAACGUCAUGCGGCGCGCGGAGCAGAGCAGCAAGAGCCCGCAGGCGCGCAAGACGCUCGAGACGCACUCGAUGGGCGGCGGGCACGGCGUGCGCAGGUCGCACGACGCGACCGCGCGCGCCACCACGGGCGUCGACAACCGCACGGGCUCGCGUCUCAGGAACGCGACGAGCAUGCACGGCAACCUCCUCCCGGAGCUCGACCGCCGCGGGAGCCCCAGCACCGGCCCGCGCGCCACCGCGCCGCACGCGCCCGCGCAGCCGUCGCUCCAGGGCACGACCGCGCGGCCGCUCCAGCUCCCGAACUCGGGCGCCCCCGAGACCGGGCGCGCGUCGCUGGACGCGGCGCGGCGCGUGACGCUCCCCGCGCAGCCCGACAGCAACCUGCAAAACAUCCCAGAGGAGCGCACCGUCGACAACACGGCCGACGCGGCCAUGCAGGACCUCGACUCGGCGGCGGGCGAGGACACCAUCUGGGACGAGGGCGCCCCGACCAGCCCCAGCAGCCGCGGCACAGGCCGCGCGCAGCUCACCAUCCCGCCGUCGCCCUCGGCGGGCUCCGAGUCGGUGGGCCGCACGAGCUACAACUCGUUCAUGCGGCACCGGCGGACCUCAGACGGCCGCGGGCGGUACCCGAGCGUCCCCGGGGUGUCGCCGGGACAAGCCAACCGCGGCGACAGCAUGCCGACGCGGUUCCGAAUGGUGUCGCUCGGGGCCACGACGACGGCGAGCAGCAUUGGCGACACGGCGUCGCGCGCGGGGGACCUCUGA